CGCGCAAGAUGGCGGCGCCCAUGGAGCUGUUCUGCUGGGCUGGGGGCUGGGGGCUGCCGUCAGUGGACCUGGACAGCCUGGCCGUGCUGACCUAUGCCAGAUUUACUGGGGCUCCACUCAAGGUACACAAGAUCAACAACCCCUGGCGAAGCCCUUCAGGAACUCUGCCUGCUCUUCGGACCAGCCAUGGAGAAGUCAUCUCGGUACCACACAAGAUCAUCACCCACCUUCGAAAAGAGAAGUACAAUGCUGACUAUGAUCUCUCAGCCCGACAAGGGGCAGACACCCUGGCCUUCAUGUCUUUGCUGGAGGAAAAACUGCUCCCAGUGCUGAUCCAUACUUUCUGGAUAGACACCAAGAACUAUGUGGAAGUGACCCGGAAGUGGUAUGCAGAGGCUAUGCCCUUUCCCCUCAACUUCUUCCUACCUGGUCGCAUGCAGAGGCAGCACAUGGAGCGGCUGCAGCUGCUGUGUGGGGAGCACAGGCCUGAGAACGAGGAAGAACUGGAAAAGGAGCUGUACCAAGAGGCUCGGGAGUGCCUGAUACUUCUCUCUCAGCGCCUGGGCUCUCAGAAGUUCUUCUUUGGAGAUGCCCCUGCUUCCCUGGACGCCUUCGUCUUUAGCUACCUGGCCCUGCUGCUGCAGGCGAAGCUGCCCAGUGGGAAGCUGCCGGCCCACCUGCGGGGUCUGCACAACCUCUGCACCUACUGCACCCACAUCCUCAGCAUCUAUUUCCCCUGGGAUGGAGCUGAGGUGCCACCCGCACGACAGGCACCGGCAGGCCCAGAGACCGAGGAGGAGCCAUACCCACGCCGGAACCAGAUCCUGUCUGUGCUGGCGGGGCUGGCCGCCAUGGUGGGCUACGCCUUGCUCAGUGGCAUCAUCUCCAUCCAGCGGGCAGCACCCUCCCGGGUCCCUGGCACCCGAGCCCUGGGCCUGGCUGAGGACGAUGAAGAGCAGUGAUUGUCUUCGUGCUCCCAGGACUGAUUUUUUAAUUGUCAUGCAUUCCAGAGGCUCCUUUGCCUCGCCACUGCUGAUCCAGCCAGAAAUGGGGUGCUGCACCCCAGAAUAAAGCCACUCACGCUGA